ACAGCACAUUUUGGUGGCAGUCGUUUAGUUUAGUGAUGUCUACGACCGUACCAACACCGGACAUAAGUACCCCUUCGGGGAUACUUUCCGCCUCCAAUGUCUUCUACUUUUUGUUAAUACCGGCCCUUCUGUUAUGGUACACGUAUUGGAGGAUAUCCAAAAGGCACAUGCUGGAACUCGCCGCUAAAAUCCCAGGACCCCCCGGAUUACCAAUCAUCGGAAACGCGCUAGAUUUAGUCGGAAAACCACAUCAGGUCUUCAGCCAUGUGUAUGAGAAGUCCUUUGAGUACAAAAAAGUGGUAAAAAUGUGGGCUGGUCCCAAACUUUUGGUCUUUCUGACUGACCCUUCAGACGUCGAACUGAUUUUGAGCAGUUAUGUCCACAUUGACAAGUCCUCCGAGUACAGGUUUUUCAAACCGUGGCUCGGCGAUGGUCUCUUGAUUUCCACGGGACAAAAAUGGAAAGCCCAUCGGAAACUCAUCGCCCCCACGUUCCAUCUCAACGUCCUCAAAUCCUUCAUUGAUUUAUUUAACGCUAACAGUCGCGAUGUCAUCAACAAAUUGAAAAAAGAAAUCGGGAAAGAAUUUGAUUGCCACGACUACAUGUCUGAGGCCACUGUUGAGAUGCUCCUCGAAACCGCCAUGGGUGUGAGCAAAAAGACGCAAGACCAAAGCGGAUACGACUAUGCCAUGGCUGUUAUGAAAAUGUGCGAUAUUUUGCAUUUGAGACACACCAAAUUCUGGUUGAGGCCUGAUAUUAUUUUCAACCGAACUAAAUACGCUGAAUAUCAAAAAUCUUUAAUUAACACCAUCCACAGUUUGACCAGGAAAGUCAUUAAACGGAAGAGAGCCGAUUUUGAUAAGGGUAUUAGAGGCUCAACUGCUGAAGUUCCGCCAGAACUCCAAACCAAAAAUUACGACAAAACUGAAUCCAAAACCGUUGUUGAAGGACUCUCAUAUGGACAAAGUGCCGGUCUUAAGGAUGAUUUAGACGUGGACGAUAACGAUAUCGGUGAAAAGAAGAGAAUGGCAUUUUUAGAUUUGAUGAUUGAAGCUUCACAAAAUGGCGUUGUUAUCAACGAUGAAGAAAUCAAAGAACAAGUCGAUACGAUCAUGUUUGAAGGGCACGACACCACCGCUGCUGGAAGUAGUUUCUUCCUCUCCAUGAUGGGUGUCCACCAGGAUAUUCAAGAAAAAGUCGUACAAGAACUUUACGAUAUUUUUGGUGACUCUGACCGGCCUGCUACUUUUGCCGAUACUCUCGAAAUGAAAUAUUUGGAAAGAUGUUUAAUGGAAACUUUGAGGAUGUUCCCCCCGGUACCCAUUAUUGCCCGACAGUUAAACCAAGAUUUAAAAUUAGCCUCUGGUGAUUAUACUGUUCCCGCCGGUUGUACUGUUGUUAUUGGUACUUUUAAAAUCCAUCGGCUUGAGGAAUAUUAUCCUAACCCGGAUAAAUUUGAUCCUGAUAACUUCCUUCCGGAGAAAACUGCCAAUAGGCAUUAUUAUUCUUUCAUUCCGUUUAGUGCCGGACCUCGUAGCUGUGUUGGUCGCAAAUAUGCUAUGUUAAAACUAAAAAUUUUGCUCUCUACGAUUUUGAGAAACUACCGCAUUUAUUCAGAUUUGAAAGAAAAAGAUUUCCAACUUCAAGGUGAUAUUAUUCUUAAGAGGGCUGAAGGAUUUAAAGUUAGAUUGGAACCAAGAAAAAUGAUCAAAGCUUAAGUCAGAAAUAUUUAUGUGUAGUUGUAGAUUUGUAAAUUUGUAGAAAAACUGGGAUUAAAUUAUAUUUAUCAAAAAUAGAACUAGCUGACGAACAUUCAA